UCAUUUUCAUUUGUGAGUGUUGUAAUAGAAACAUUUUCAGAAAAAUGGUAACCAUCAAAGCUUCGUACACAGUAGUUCCGAAUCAACCAACUCCAGGAGGUAUCCAAUGGCUCUCUGAUUUCGAUCAAGUGGCGCGUCUGUUACAUACACAGACCAUCUACGUUUUCCAUGCAAAGCACAACCAUGACGCAUUAGUUGAACAGAUGAGAAACUCUCUUAGCAAGAUUUUGUCGCAUUACUAUCCAGCAGCUGGUAGAUUAAGAAGGUUAGAAGAAGGUGGCAGAUUGGAAUUGGAUUGUAAUGCAAAAGGAGCAGUGUUGAUUGAAGCAGAAUCCACAAAACCAGUGCAUGAUUACGGUGACUUUUUGGGUGAAUCCGCCAAUGACUUGGUUCCAACAGUCAAUUACACAAAAACCAUCAUUGAGGAACUUCCCUUGUUACUAGUGCAAGUAACAAGCUUCCUUGGUGAUGAAGCGUUUUGCAUUGGGGUUGCUGUAUCUCAUAUUUUGUUUGAUGGUAUUUCUGCCAUUCACUUCAUCAAUUCAUGGGCAAAGUUGGCUCGUGGAGACACAUUAGAGCCUCAUGAAAGGCCCUUUCUGGAUCGAACUGUGCUAAAAUUCACUGAUCCUCCAUCAACCUCACCCUUUGAUCACCAAGAGUUCAAGCCUAUGCCUCUCAUAUUAGGAAGAAGUGACAACACUGUUGAGAGAAACAAGAGGGUAAAUGCCACUAAGUUGAAGCUGACAGCAGAACAAGUGGGGAAGUUGAAGAACAAGGCGAAUGCUGAUAAAUCAACAAAAGGGUCAAGACCUUAUACCAGAUUCGAGGCUAUUGCUGCACAUGUGUGGAAAUGUGCAUCUAAGGCUCGUGGAUUAGAUCAGAAUCAACCAACGCUGCUUCGGUUCAGUGUUGAUAUUCGCAAUAGACUCAUUCCACCUCUCCCUAGGAAUUACAUUGGUAAUGCUUUGACCAUAGGAUCAGCAUCAUCACACGUUGGAGAAAUCUUAUCAAGUCCUUUGGCUCAUGUUGCUCAGAAAAUAAGGGAAUCUGUUGAAAUGAUUACACAUGAGUUUAUACGCGCACAGAUAGAUGUGAUUAGAAGUCAGGACCAUGUGAAUAAAGCGAGAACUUUGUUCUUUGGAGCAAACGAAGGAAAGGAUGCAUUGUUUUUUGGAAACCCUAACUUCCGUAUUACAAGUUGGCUGAGUAUGCCAAUGGAUGAAGCAGAUUUUGGUUGGGGAAAGCCUGUAUAUAUAGGUCUAGCAGGUGUGGUUAGACAAGAGAGGGCAGUGAUUACCCAAAGUCCAGAUGGUGAUGGCUCUGUUAUUCUGGUUCUACACUUUCAAGAUGAACAUAUGCAGCUUUUCAAGAACUAUUUCUAUACAGAAAUAUAAACUAUGUAUUCAUAUUGAACUUGUUGAAUGCAAACUUUACAUGUUAUAUGUAAUUUCUAAUGUUUAAUAAAUUGUUGUACCAUUUGUCGUUGUUUUUA